UAGUGUGAAAUUAGGACUAACGAGGAUAGAGAUGAGAAAAUGCAGUUUUUUGUUACAUGGUGUCAAGGAUAACAUCACAACAGGCAAUGGUAAUCCCGAUUAUUCCUCAUCACCUCUGGAUCAGUUAGAGAAGAAUACGGAUGAGAUAUAAAAAGCCUGUGUUUGAGUCAGUUGUUAAGACUCAAGAUGUCUACAUUUACCUUUACUGCUAUGCUUAUCUUCUUCAUGUCUACUAUGAUAUUCUUCUAGUCAAUCUCUAUGAUCUCUUCUCUAAAAUUAUCAAUACGGGUUUUACAAAUUCCAUACUGUUUGCCGAUCUAAAUUGUAUCCCUUCGGUGACUCUUCCUCGCCCGCUCUUAAAAUGCUGCCCGAACAGCCGGCCACCCUAAUCCUCCGCAACUUUCUUAUCUUGGUCGCCGUCUCUCUCUCCUGCGUGAUUCUCUUCCGAGCUUCUGACUUCGUCCGGUUCCUCCCACGCUUCCAAUUUUCCACCUCCGGUCCCGCCUCUUCUUUUCCAUUCAACUUCUCCUCUGCCUUCGACGAUUUACCUCCGGCUGGUGAAGGAUAUAGGCUUGAAAAGGUUUUGAAGGAUGCUGCCAUGGAAGACAGGACUGUUAUCAUAACAGCUAUAAAUGAAGCGUGGGCAGCUCCAAAUUCGGUGAUCGAUCUCUUUCUAGAGAGCUUUAAAAUUGGAGAUCAAACCCGUAGACUUUUGAACCAUUUGGUGAUUAUUGCCUUGGAUCAAAAGGCAUUUGCGCGUUGUCUCGUGAUACAUACACACUGCUUUUCUCUUGUCAGUGAUGGAAUCGAUUUUCGUCGUGAGGCUUACUUUAUGACCCCUGAUUACUUAAAGAUGAUGUGGAAAAGGAUUGAUUUCCUGCGCUCUGUUCUUGAUAUGGGCUACAAUUUUGUUUUCACGGAUGCUAAUGUCAUGUGGUUCAGAGACCCAUUUCCUAAAUUUUACUUGGAUGCGGAUUUCCAAAUAGCCUGUGAUUUUUUCUUGGGGAGCUCUGAUGAUGUACAUAACAGACCCAAUGGAGGCUUUAACUAUGUAAAAUCAAAUAAUCGGUCGGUAGAAUUCUACAAAUUCUGGUACUCUUCGCAUGAAACUUUUCCUGGAUACCAUGAUCAGGAUGUCCUCAAUAUCAUCAAGUCUCAUCCCUUCAUCCUAGAUAUUGGACUAAAGAUGAAAUUCUUGGACACUGCGUAUUUUGGUGGGCUUUGUGAACCUAGCAAAGAUUUGAACAAAGUUUGUACAAUGCACGCAAAUUGUUGCUUUGGCCUAGACAGCAAGCUCCAUGAUCUAAGGAUUAUGCUCCAGGAUUGGAAGCAAUUUAUAUCUUUGCCACCAAGUUUGAAGAGAUCGUCAAAUUUGUACUGGAAGGUUCCUCAGAAUUGCAGGUGCAUUAAUGAACAUUUCUAAUUCCUUGCCGUAUGCUGACUUCAUUGUAAAAUCAAUGCUUAAUACAUUAUGCUUAUUCAGUUAAUGAAUCUUUAUUUUUGUAGUUA